CAAAUGGCCACAUUAAAAUUACCUUACAACCGACGACCUGUGGAUUAUCAUACCUAUAAUCAUUAUCAGAUAAAUGCUUGUAAACAAUACGCUCCACCUGUUUUACGUUAUAACCGCAUACAAAUGCAGUGUAUUUUUAAACAUGAUGUUCUUAAGUAGAUGCGAGGAACAAGGACACGAAUUAAAGGAAGCAAAAAGGCGAAAUGAAGAGCUUAAAAACAAAGAAAAGGCUCUACUUCUUCACAGGGACGAAAUCGAAGAUAGGAUUAAAAGUAACAGCAUCAGAGCCGCAGAUGUAAACACAAACUUGCAAGUUUUAUUCAACGAAGUAAUAAAACAAAGAAAAAUAAAUUCGCAAAAUGCCAGAGCUCUUGAAGCUGCUAAAGAAGUGGACUUGUUCGUUACAUCUUCAUCGGAUAAUAUGCAAUUAUCCUGCAUGUCGUCAAUGAACGAACUGAACUCGAUUUCGGAGCGGCUCUCGAUAAAAGAACACAUAAAACUGCUAGAAGAGCUGACGGAGCAUAGGCUAAAAAUAGCGGAACAAAACGAAAUAAUACAUAAAUUAAAGCAAGAACAGAACCACUUGCAGAGGGACAUAAACGAUAUAAAGGACCCCACCACUGCGAGGCAUUUUCAAGAGGAGUACAUUGAGUUUAAAUUGAGGGAGGAUAAGGUUUUAAGAGAGUUUAAAACGGUUAAGCAGGAUAUAAGUAAUUUGAAAAACGAGAUGAACCUACUGAUUUGUGAUGGUAGUAAAGAAGUAAUAACAGAAAAUGAAAAUAUGGUGGCCCGUUUAUUAUACUGGGGACAAGAAACUUCGGAACUGGACAGACUGAAACUAGAAAAGGAAGAAUCUGAAGAACGGAUAAUAGACUUGCAAAAUGAAGCUGCUAGACUUCAACAAAAGAUUCACAUUCUUUCGAGACAAAUUGACGAAUGCAAAAUAUCAAACAAUUACAAGAUAAAAGUUCAAAGGAACUUAAAUGAAAAAUUGAGCAGUUUACUGGAAGAAGAGAAGCUCUUGAAAGAAAAAAUAGACAAAGUGUAUAAGGAAGGCAAAGAGACAAUAAAACAUUACGAAACCCAUUUGAAUGGCGUAAAGGAAAGCAUAGAGGAAAAAGAGAAUGUCAUAAGGCAAUUAAGCGAAAAUGAAAAGGAGCUUUUAGUGAACAUUAGUAGUGUUAAAUUUGAUACUGAUGACGCUGAAAAUGAAGCUACAAGUUUUCUGGAGUUAGAUGUGGCUAGAUUAGAGGAAGAAAUACAAAAUUUAAAUAUAAAAUAAUUUAAUAUUAUAAUAUUAAAUAAUUAUUUAUUAUUGUAUAUUUGUAAAAACACUGCAAAAUAAAAAAAUUUUGUUGGUUAAUGUUUAUAUAAAUUUUUAUAAGAGUACAAAUUUUAUAUGAUAUACAGGGUAAUAUGUAAUACAAACUGUUAAUUUGGCGUUUUUAUUAAUUGUUGAAUUUGUCAUUUUUAUAAUGAAUAUAA